UUCAGUGUGCUUUCAGACUUGAGAAGGAGAGAGAAACUAGAGAGAUCUCACUUCUCAGAGAGAAAAUCCAGAGAGAAAAUCAAUGAUGAGUGAAGCAGAAAAUUAGAUUAGAAAAAAUUAGAUACAAAAAAAAAAUGAUGCGUCGAGAUAUUUCACAUUAUCUGCAACCUAGAUUUCUUCUUAUAUUUAUUGUUGCUAUCAUUCUUAUUUUUCUCGCAUUUCCAAAUUUGCAAUGGGAAGAAGAUAAGGCAGAAGAGGUACACGAAAUUACUCAGAGGGUGUUCUUGGAUGUUGAUAUUGGUGAACAACGUAUAGGUAGAUUGGUAAUUGGAUUGUAUGGCCAGGUUGUCCCCAAAACAGUUGAAAAUUUCAGGGCUCUGUGCACAGGAGAAAUGGGCAAGGGUGUCAAUGGAAAAGAACUCCACUACAAGGGAGUACCAUUUCAUCAAAUAAUUUCUGGAUUUGUAGUACAAGGUGGUGAUAUAGCUCAUGGGGAUGGGAAGGGAACUGAAUCUAUAUUCGGUGGCACCUUCCCUGAUGAGAAUUUCAAGGUCAAACAUUCACAUGCAGGUAUUGUUUCCAUGGUGAACUCUGGACCUGAUUCAAAUGGCUCACAAUUCUUCAUAACGACAGUCAAGGCCAGCUACCUCGAAAUCCCAGCUUUGGUGUUCUCAGUACGCAGCGGCGAAGUUCUUACUCCACUGCUGUGGCUAUGUCACUGAAACUUCUGCGAAAGUAAUUCAUGGAAAGGCGGUUGCGAAACAAAUAAAAGAUGAAAUCAAAAUUGAAGUAUUGAAGAUGAAGGAUGCAAUUGGUGUUGUACCAGGUUUAGCUGUUAUUCUAGUUGGAGACAGGAAGGAUUCUGCAACGUAUGUGCGCAAUAAGAAGAAGGCUUGUGAAGCAGUUGGGAUCAGGGCCGUCUUUGGCAUAGGGCGAAACGGUCGACCGCCCUAGGCCCAAUAAUUUGGGGGCCCAAAAUUUUUUUCCCCAACCUAUAUAUAUUCCUUAGAUAUCUGUCCUAAACGUGUCAAUUGGCCGUGAAAAGUAAAGAGGAAAACCAACUCAGCGUGAAGUUUCGUGAAUAGUCCGCUAGGGCACAAAACUGCGUCUCGAUCUUUGAGGUUUCAGGUGAAGCAUUUUGUCAAAAUGGCUCCCAAGUAUAAGUCUGGUAGUCAGAAAAUGAAGGAGAGAAAGAGAAAAGAAAGACUUGUUGACUCUUAAAGAGGAGGGCUUGAUAAGUUUAUUAUUAAGAGACCACGUCGUUUAGCCGAAAAUUCAGAUGGAAAUGAAAUUGAAUCAAUUGAAAAUGUUAUUGUCGAAAGAAAUGACGAACAUGAACAUGAAACUGAAGAGGUUCCUUUUGAAGAUAAUGAACACGAACAACCAGAGAUUAAUGUUACUGAAUUCGGUAAUGAACAAGCACAAAGUCUGCCAGGCAAUGUGAAUAUUUUUAAUCCAGCGGCUUGGGAUGAUCUAGAUAUAAGGUCAAGAGAAGUAUUAGUAGAAAAUGGUCUGUUAAGAGAUCCUAUGCUGGAAAAUGGUCCCAAAAACAGGUUUGGUAGACAUUUCUCUUCAACAUACUAUACAAGACAUCUACCUAACGGUGAGAAAGAAGAUAGGCAGUGGUUAGCUUAUUCAAAGGAGUUGGACAGGGUAUUUUGCUUUUGCUGUAAGUUGUUUAAAAAGCGGAAAUGAGAGGUAAGUUGGUAAAUGAAGGUACUGCAGAGUGGAGACAUAUGAGUGAAAAACUUUGUAAACAUGAAGUACGAAAAGCACACAUUCUUCACAUGUUAGAUUGGGCUGAAAUGCGUAUAAGAAUGGAAAAGAAUGAAACAAUUGAUAAGCAUGCUCAAGCUCGAAUUAAUAGUGAAAAAGCACAUUGGAAAGAAGUGUUACAAAUGUCUUAAUUUGGCUCUUUCUGAUACGGCCAAAUGUUGUACUAAGGCGAAAGACUUUUUCAGUGUGCUAAAUAACAUAUAUAAAUUGUUUUCAGGUUCCACAAGACGAUGUCAAAUAUUGAAGGAGAAUGUUGAUGGUUUAACUGUGAUGACGAAUUGAAAGUGUUAAAGCAGAAACUGUGAUGACGAAUUUUGUCCGGCACAAGAUGGGAAAGUAGAAUUGAAAGUGUUAAAGCGGUCAGAUUUCAAACUGCUAAAAUACAAGAGGCACUACUCAAACUAUCUGAAAGUGAUGACGAUGAUUCCGACAGAGGUUUGGCAAAAACUUUUGCUAUUGGUAAGAUUGGUGGAAUUUCAAGUAUAGAAUUUAUAUUAAGCUUGGUUAUUUGGUAUGAUAUUUUAAAUGUUGUUAACGUUGUUAGCAAAACAUUGCAAUCUGAAGACAUGCUUAUUGACAUUGCUAUGAAACAAAUUGAAGGGCUUAUUAAAUAUUUUGAAGAUUACAGAAAUACUGGGUUUGCAGAUACAAUGAUCAAAGCUAAAGAAAUUGCAACCGAAAUGGGAGUAGACCAUGAAUUUUAUGUACCAAGAAAGAUUACUAGAAAGAUUUUUUUUGAUGAAACUAGAGAUGUAGAAGAUACAACACAAUCACAUGAAGAAUCAUUUAGAGUUAACUAUUUCUUAUUUAUUGUCGAUCAAGUUUCUGCUUCAUUGAAGACACGGUUUGAGAAUUACAAAGCAUAUGAGGAUAUUUUUGGUUUCUUGUGUGGUUCAGUGAAUUUAAGUUCAUUAGAUGAUGCUCGUUUGAAAGCAUGUUGUGAUCGUCUUGAAACUGCAUUAAAACAUUAAUCAUCUUCUGACAUCGAUGCAAAUGAUUUAUUUGGUGAACUUCAAGUCAUUCGAAUGAUUCUGCCUGCUGAACAGAUGACUGCUGUUGAAACCUUACGGUUUCUAAAGAGACAAGGGUGUUUUCCAGUCGCGUGUAUUGCAUAUAGAAUAUUGUUGACUGUUCCCGUGAAUGUAGCGACUGCAGAAAGAAGCUUUUCGAAGUUGAAGUUGUUGAAAUCUUAUCUGAGAUCAACUAUGUCACAGGAAAGAUUAAAUGGGUUGGCUAUCUUAGCUAUUGAACAUGAGUUUUUGGAUGAUCUUGAUCUUGACAAGAUAACUAAUGCAUUCGCAACCAGAACCCCAGGAAGGGCAAUCUUUAUAGGAUGAUGUUUUUUCUUUGGCAGUUCUAUUGCUACUUCGCAGAUGUUCUUAUUUUUUUUAUCAAUAGGUACCUUUCACUUAAAAUUGGAGUUGCUUUUUAACCCUUAUUAAAAUUUAAUAUGUACGCAUUAAUAGAUUGUUCAAUCUAUUGUCAUUUCUUCA